AAAACAGAGAGACAGAGGGGAGGGAGAGAGAGAGAGAGUAGAACAUACCUGCGCAGGAAAGAAGCAGCUUGAAUCAAAAUGAAAUCUCUCCCACUGAAACAGCUUCAACUUCUCUGCUUUCCCUCGAAAUCAAUCAUCUCCCAUGUCUUCCAACCCUUCGUUGCACCACUUUCUACUAUUGCUGCUGCUUCUACUUCUAGUGAAGCUACAUCUUCCAUCGCAACUUUAACCCAAGAGGAGCUCACGAAGAUCAACCUCCUCCUUCCACGCCUCUGCCUCUCAAACCACCUCCCCACAGCAAUCCACCUCACCAUCACUGCCCUCCUCACAAACCCACCUCCAAAAUCUGUCUCUCUUUCCAUUCUCGUUGACUCCCUCACUUCCGAGCCGGACAUGGCCCUUCCCAUGUCUCUCCUCACCCGCCUCAAGCACAGCCCUCUGGCACAUCCUUACCUCACACCCAUCAAUACCUUGCUCAUUGCUUCAUAUUUCAGGAAGCACAAGCCUAAGGAGGCCUUGAAAGUGUUCAACUGGAUGGUGAGGCCGGGCUCUCCGUGUGUGCUUGAUGAGAAGGUUUGUGGGAUUCUGGUUAUUGGGUUUUGUAAGAACGGGAUGAUUCUUGAGGCCUUGAAGGUUUUGAGGGCAAUGGUGGGUGUGAAUUUGGUUCCGGAAACAGGGAACUGGGUUUAUCGGGGUUUAUUGAGAGAGGCAAGAAUUGAGGAAGCAUUGAAGUUGAACGAGGCUUUGGGUUCGAUUAUGGACAUUGGUGGCGAUGUGGCUGUGAAGAAUGUUGGGAAAGUGCUGGAUCACAUGAUUUCCAAAUGGACAGACUAGGGCAGUAGUGUUGUUUCUACUGGUAUGACAGCUCAAGGCUUCAGGAGUUCAACUUGGAGGCAGUAUCAUGUGUGAAAUCUUUCUAUGUUUGCCAUUUCAACUGGCGACUACUCUGAGUUCUCUCAAAGUGGCAUCACUUCAUCUCAAACAUAAAAUAUAUAUAGCUCGUGUGAAUGAGGUCACUUCUUGAGAAGGGCCCUUCUCUGACUUUGGAAUGCAAGCUUUGACAGAAUGAGAAUUGGAAUUUUUGAGAUCCUCGUGCAAGUAAAAGGUUUGUGUGAUUUUGAUAUUCUGCCAUUUUUUGACAAUACAUCUGUUCACUUUAACAUUUUAUGAAUCCAUUAUUCCAAGACUCGGCUAAAUUAGUACGUUGAAAGGAUUUGAGAGCAAUACAAUAAAAUAAUAUAGCUGGAUUUUUGUUUUCAAUAUAGUAG